AUGAUAAGCAAAGAAAAGAUCAAAACACUUCUUGAGUGGGAGCCAAUCAAUGACCGUAUAAUUAGAGCACGUUUCAACUCCAAGUACUGUAAACUUACAAUCAUACAGUGCUAUGCACCAACGAAUGAUGCGGAAGAAGAAAUUAAAGAUGACUUCUACGAACAACUUCAGAUGGUCGUAUCUAAGGUUCCUCAGCACGACAUGCUGUUGAUGAUGGGCGAUCUGAAUGCAAAAGUGGGUGCUGACAACACUGACUGCGAAAUAUCAAUGGGCAAACAUGGUUGUGGAAUACUCAAUGAUAAUGGAGAACGCCUUAUUGACUUCUGCCUUAACAACAACCUGGUGAUAGGGGGAACCAUAUUCCCCCACAAGGAUAUACAUAAGUUAACUUGGAAAUCUCCAGAUGGUAGAACAACAAACCAGAUCGACCAUAUGAUAAUAAACAAUAAGUGGCGUAGAUCAGUAUAUGAUGUUAAAGUAUACAGAGGUGCGGAUGUCAACAGUGACCACUACCUGUUGAAAGCUACCAUCAAACUGAAACUACGCAGAAAUCACCAACAGCAAGGAAUGAAAAGGAAAUUUGACAUAGAUAAAUUAAAAAUCCCAAAUAUUAAUAAGGCGUUCAAUUUGGAAUUAAAAAACAGAUUUAAAGCACUUGAAAACAACCCUGAUGAUCAAGAUAACAUUCAAGGAAAGUGGGACACCAUCAAAGAAACAUAUGUUGAAACAGCUGCAAAAACUUUGGGUUAUAGAACAAAAGAGAAUAAGGAAUGGCUAACAUCAGACACAUGGGAAAGAAUAAGUGAAAGGAAGAAACUGAAACAAAAAAUCAUAAGCACAAAGUCGACCAGAUUACAAGAACAAAUGCAAAUUUCAUAUAGAGAAAAAGACAAAGAAGUGAAAAGAAGUGCAAGAAAAGACAGAAGAAUGCACCUUGACAACCUUGCAAAAAGAGCAGAACAUGCAGCUUCUCAUGGAGAAAUGAGCGUUGUGUAUAAGAUAACUAAACAGCUAUGUGGUAAAAAUACAACCCAACCAGCUCUUGUUAAGGACAAAGAUGGUCACCCACUAUCGACAGAUCAUGAACAGGCCAAAAGGUGGGUCCAGUAUUUUCAAGAGGUAUUAAAUUGCUCAGAACCUGAUGAACCUACUACUCCUGUACCUGCUGAGGAAGACCUGGAAAUAGACCUCGAACCACUGACAUUGGAGGAAGUUAAAAAUUCUAUUAAAAAUCUUAAAAAUGGGAAAUCACCUGGCAUUGACAACAUCCAUGCUGAGAUGCUAAAAUCAGAUAUUGUCACAUCAGCAAACAAACUACUGAGCUUAUUUGUAUCCAUCUGGGAAAACGAGACUAUACCAUCUGAUUGGAGUAAAGGACUUAUCGUAAAACUAGCAAAAAAGGGAGACCUCCAAAUGUGUGAUAACUGGAGAGGAAUAACAUUGCUCUCAGUCCCCAGUAAGGUAUUCUGCAAAAUACUUCUCAGCAGAAUAGAUGAAGCUAUUGAUGAUAAAUUGAGAGAAGAACAAGCUGGGUUCAGAAGAGGAAGAGGCUGCAUAGACCAGAUUUUUGCCAUUCGUAAUAUUAUCGAACAAUGUAUUGAAUGGAAAAUGCCACUAUACAUCAACUAUAUUGACUUUAAGAAGGCAUUUGACAGUGUGAAUAGGGAUACAUUGUGGAAAAUAAGAAACAGCACAGCAGAUAAGAAGAGAGGUAUCCAGUGGACUAUGUUCAGCAACCUAGAGGACCUAGACUUUGCAUACGACCUGGCAGAGAUCUCAGGGAACAAGACCCAUCUACAAGAAAAAACAGAUCAGCUGAACAAAUUUGCCAAACAAACUGGUCUUAACAUCAACACCAAAAAGACCAAGGUGAUGACAAUAAAUGCUCCAGUCGAACCUGUGGUUUUAAAUGGAGAACCGCUAAAGGACUUCACCUACCUAGGAAGCAUACUUAGCAAGGACAACGGUGCCGGGAAAGACAUAAAGGCAAGACUCAACAAAGCACGUGCAGCAUUCGCCCAACUCCAAACCAUCUGGAAAUCAAACAGCUACAGUCUGAGGACCAAAGUCCAACUUUAUAACAGCAAUGUGAAAUCAGUCCUCCUGUAUGGGUCUGAAUGCUGGCGUGUUAUAGACAGUGAUAUGAGAAAAAUUGAGGCCUUCCACAACAGCUGCCUUAGAAAAAUAAACAGAAUCUUUUGGCCAAACAAAAUCAGUAAUAAAAACCUACACCAAAAGUGCAAAAGCAAGAACAUCAGCACAGAGAUUAAACAAAGAAGAAUGAGAUGGCUUGGUCACGUAAUGAGAAUGUCCUAG